AAGCCGACUUGUAACGUCACAGUUCUUCACUCUAAAAACCCUGGAACCCAGCGGCAUUCCUAAGCUCAAACCGCGAUACGACAUCUCCGUUACCUGCAUAAAAUUAUUCGAAAGAUGGAGGAAGGAGAGAAUAUAUUGGAGGCAAUUCUCGAUGAUGACGAUGACGAUGACAACUUAGAAGAUGUUGAUAUGGUUGAUGUGGAAGAAGGAGAGUUUGUGGUGGACGAAAAUUCACAUACUGAUUUAGGAUUGAACAAUGGCAUUCACGAUGGUGCUGGUGAGAAUGUUGGAAACGCAGAGCCUCAAAGUAAAAGCCAGAGGCGGCGGCGCGGCGGUAAUAAAAAGAAGAGGAAGAGCAAGAAGAGGGGAGGAGGUGGUCCUGGGUCUAGUUUUACUGACGUGAACAAGUUUGUGUUAGAUACAUGUAGACGUUUGAAAGAGAAGAAAUCCUACAUGGUAUAUACUGCUGUAGGUUGUUUGGGGGUUUCUGCAUUAAGUGAUCUCGUGAAAGAGGUGUAUGCAAUUCAGUCCUGUGGAGGGCAGAUGACGGUUGAUGGCGGACGCUUUCGAACAGGUGGUGGGAUAUUAUGGAAUAUCAUGAAAACUAGAGAACCAAUGGCCUACAAAGAGAUUAUGAAAAAAGCAAAGGAAUUUGAGAAGCAAUUUAGGCAACAACCUAUUCGGCGAGCACCGGAGCAAAACAACAAGUGUUCCUCUCAAAUAGCUGCCUCUGGAUUCAUUGAUGAGACACCAGUCAGCGUACCAGAUAGUUCUCAAAAAGAGCUAGCAUCUCAAUCUCAGCAUGAACAGUCCAGUGCUGAUGAGAAGCGCAAAUCUGUGCAUGAGAGGAUCAGAGUACCUGUUUCAUAUGACGACUUGCUUGGAGAUGAUUUGAAAAAUGAUGAAGCAUGAUUUCUGAAGCAUGAAUGUGGGGCUUGGCAGCAGUUUUGCACUCGGCUAUGCGGGGAUACAGAAAUACACUUGAGACUUGACAGGAUCUUUUUCCAGUUUUUGAAAGGAGAGUUUCAGCAGGCAGUCCAUUUUUAACGUGCAACUGUGUUACUUCUUGAACAUAGAUUGUCCUCGCUUCUUCCUCCAUUAAAAAAAAAAGAAUUAAUCUUACUGCGAUGGAUGCAUUGCCCUUUUCUUUCAUUGUUCAUAUUAAAGGUGCCCUCUUAACUCUAAAAUAUAAAUGAGGAUUCCUCGGUCGAAGUUGGUACUGCUGA